UUGGAGAAAAUUGUGAAAAAAAUUAUGCAUCGCGCCCAGAAUCUACUCAAGUGUGAGCGUUGCUUGGUAUUGCUUCUUGAUGACAUUGAAUCACCAGAAGUAAAAUUUACCAAGUCCUUUGAAUUGAUGUCUCCAAAGUGCAUUGCUGAUUCAGAAAAUAGUUUCAGAGACAAUCUGGAGAAACCAUCAGCAUCUUAUUCAGACUGGCUAGUAAAUAAUAGCAUUGCUGAACUUGUAGCUUCCACUGGCCUUCCAGUAAACAACAGUGAUGCUUAUCAAGAUCCUCGCUUUGAUGCAGAAGUUGAUCAGAUGUCUGGCUUUCACAUAAGAUCUGUACUCUGUGUACCUAUAUGGAAUAACAGUCACCAAAUAAUUGGUGUUGCUCAGGUGCUGAAUAGACUUGAUGGAAAACCUUUUGAUGAUGCUGAUCAGCGACUCUUUGAGGCUUUUGUUAUAUUUUGUGGCUUGGGCAUCAAUAAUACUAUAAUGUACGACCAAGUGAAAAAGUCCUGGGCAAAGCAGUCUGUGGCUCUUGAUGUGCUGUCUUAUCAUGCAACAUGUUCAAAGGCAGAGCUUGACAAAUUUAAGACAGCAAACAUCCCUCUGGUGUCAGAGCUUGGUAUAGAUAACGUCCACUUUGAUGAUUUCUCCCUUGAUAUGGAUACCAUGAUAGCAGCAGCUCUCCGGAUGUUCAUGGAGCUUGGAAUAGUUCAGAAAUUUAGAAUUGACUAUGAGACACUGUGUAGGUGGCUUUUGACAGUGAGGAAAAAUUACCGAAUGGUUCUGUAUCACAACUGGCGGCAUGCAUUCAACGUGUGCCAGCUCAUGUUUGCCAUGUUAACG